AUGUUCAAAAACAAAGUAACAUUAUCAAAUAAAAACUUCCUGGGUAACAAAGAUCGAAAAAAACUAGCCAUAAUUUUAAAAAGCACAUUUAACAUUGAAAAUGAUGAAGAAAUUAAUGAAUUAUUAGACAAAGAAGACGCAAGCAUUUGUAAAGUACAAAAGAAGAAAAUUACUAUAUAUUUUUCUAAAAAUAAUCCCGUUUUAGUCAGUAUUAAUAAUUUAAUUUUUCCAACAGUUUAUACCCUAUGGAAAUUUCCACGUAUGAUUCCUUGUUUUGUUAUAUAUCCACCUGCUUCCGAAUUUUUGCUAAGAGGAGCAGAUUUAAUGAUUCCAGGAAUAUGCAAAAAUAUAGAUGAUUUAGAUAAACUUAAACCUGGCGCAAUAUGGGGUGUCAGAGUUUUUAAUAAUCCAUAUAUUUUUGCAGUAGGGGAAUGUUGCGUUGAAUAUAAUAAUAAUAAUAUGAAAGAUUUAUAUACCUCAAAAGGUAAAUGCUUAAAAUUAGUUCACACAUUUACUGACGAAUUGUGGAAAUUGGGAUCCCUUGAUAUACCAGAUAUUAGUUUUAAAAACAAAAUUAUAGACUCUGUGGAAAAUAUAGUUGACGAUUUUAGUGAGUUUAAAAUAUAUGGAGAAAAUAACAAAGGUGCAAAAAAAAAAAAUAAUAAUAAAAAUAAUAAUAAAAUUAAUAAUGAUAUAAAAAUAGAAGAAAAAAAGAAAGAAAAAAAAGAUGAAAAGGGGAAAUUUGGAUGGUCUUCUGAUUCUGAUACAUCUGAAGUUAAGAAAAGUGAUUCAGAAAAAGUAGCAGAAAAGGAAAAUGAAAAAACAUAUAAGGGUUCGUCUAACGAAAAAUAUUUAGCAAACUUUUACAAGCAUUUUGAUAUAAUAUUGAAAAAUAAAAAUAAAGAGAAAAAUAGCCCAAAUGAAUUAAAAUUGAAAAACUCCAAUACAGGUAUAACCGUUAUUGCUAGUAAUAAUAAUUGUAAUAAAAAGGAACAUAUACAUGACCUUAAUUCUAUGGACAAUGGUAUAAAUUUAAGUAAAGAAAAUUAUAUGAAUAAAGAAGAUAAUUGGGAAAAUAUUGAAGAAUCAAUAGCAAGUGUAGAUAAUAAUUAUAAUAAUUCUAUAUUAUCUGAAACCGAAAGGGAAGGGCAUAUUUUUAGUGGAGAUGAAAAUUCUGUAAAUGAAGAAAAAGACAUAAUUAGUGAGCAAGGUGACAAUCAUAAAAAUUUGAAAAAUAAAAAACAAAGAAACCAAAAAAAUAAACAUGUAGGAAAAAAAAAAGACAAACAUGAGCAUAAUGAAGUUCAAUAUUCUAGUAAUGAUGAAAAUGGAGGGGAAAAUAAAACAAAUGAAUAUGAUUCGCAUAAUAACAAAAAUUAUAAUAAUAUAUUCGAAUUACAAACUGAACAACAAGAUAAACUUUUAUUAUAUUUAUUUCUUGAAUCAAUUUAUUAUAUUACAGAUGAAAGUUUACCAAUUGAUGCUUCAGGAAUUUAUAGCAAAAUGACAAAAGAAUGCUCAUAUAUUCACAAAAAUAAAAUAUUUCUCGAAGAUCUUGAAAAUGAUAACGUUUCUUAUGAAUUAAUAAAAAAAAUUAAUAAAAAAGAAAUAAAUAUAUUAUUAGAUAUCAAAAAAUCUAGUUAUAAAAAAUUAAUAAAAUUUAUUCAGCAUUGCUCAAAAAUAAAAUUGAUAAACAUUAAAGAAAACAGGAAUAUUGUUUCAAUUGUAAAUAUAAAUAAAGAACAUCCUUUAUUUUCUUCUUAUAAAUUUAUGGAUAUAAAUGAGAAAAAAAAAUGUGAUAAUGAAAAUAGUAAAAAUGAAAACACGGCGUCAAAUAGUAAAGGAGCACAAGUACUAGAAUUUUAUAUGCCUUCAACAAAAACUUUAAAUAUAUUUAAGCAUAUAAAUAAAAAAACGGACAAAAAUACUUAUUUUACUAUAAAAGAGUUAAGAGAAAUAUUUCACACAUAUAUUACUUUAAAUAAUUUACAAUCAGAUAAAGAUAAAAGUUUAAUAAAAAUAAAUAAUGAUAUACAAACAUUUUUAUUAUCAGAAAAAUGCGAUAAUAUGUUACCCUAUGAUAUUGCUGUUAAUAAAUUUAUUUCCUUACAACAACCUUGUUAUGCUAUAGUUAAACCAAAUGCUAAUUUUGACAUUGAUCCAAUAAAAAUAAUAAAAGGUGUGUGUCCAUCUAUACAUAUUUAUUCCGUUGCACGAAUGAAAGGGAAAAAAUAUGUAACACACAUAACUAACCUUUAUUUAUUUUAUGUAGAUCUUCAAAAAUUUUCUGAACAAAUACAAAAACAGCUAGCUUGUUCAUGCUCUAUCGUAAUUUCACCAUCAACACAAAAAGAGGAGGUAUUGGUACAAGGAAAUGUAGUCAAUCAAAUUCACACAAUUCUAAUUACUAAUUAUUUUUUACCUCGAAAAUAUAUUGUCUUAAAUGUUAAAUAA